AUGUACUCCCUCCGUCCCAAUGAAAGUGUCGUUGUAGGACUCAGCGCGUGUACCAAGACCAGAGAUUCAACUCCUUGCGGCCGUGCCUCCUCCUUACCCAGCGGAUGCAACUCUGCGCCGGUCGCUCUCAUCUUCGACGCCGGGCCGCACACUCCGCCUCAGAUCGACGCCGAGCCGCACGCACAAUCUCCUUUGCCCGCGCCGUUGUUGGAGAAGAGGAGGGGGACGGAGGAGGAGAAGAUGAGGCGGCGUGUGACCUCGCCCGGGGUUGCCUCUGGCUCCACGACGGUCGAGCCGAGGCGGAGCUCAUGGGAGGAAGCCGCUAGAUUCGCCGACAGUGUAGAAGAAGAGGAGGAGGUCGUCAGAUCUUGGCGGAGGAGAAGAGGAGGGGGGCGAUUCGGCCACUUUGCCUCUGCGCGCGACCGUCUCUGCCUUGACGCCGAGUCCGCGGGCUGGAUCGGUGGCCAUGGUGGGCUGGAGCUCGCGAUGGCCAUGGCGGUGGCUACCAGGACACUUUUAUUAGGAUGGGAAGUGAGUGAAGGCGACAUGACCGGCGGUGGCGCGAGAAAAGAGCAGACGUGUGCGGUGUGCGGUGGGAGUGGGAAGGUUGUGUUCGAGAUCUCGUUCUGUUUGUAUGGCAAGUGGGUCCAGACUCCAGAGAGACACCAAAAAUUCGCAACUAGCCAAGGAGAAGGUUCGCUUGGUCAGUGGUCGCCAGCCCUAGCAAACCAAGUGGGCGGCGCAGUGAAUCAGCGUGGGCAAAUUGGGCGCGGCCACGCAGGCAAACCCUUGCGCCGUUCUCGUGCCGUCGUGUGGCUGCCACCUGUGACCGGCGUUGCCCCAGCGGAUAGACGUUGCCUAGUUGUGCAUGGGAUAGGCGACAACGGCCAGAUCAGGGCGUCUGGCAACAGUAGUACAGCGGGUGGUGCUUUUGGUGGAAAUAGGGGGGUGAGGCCUGUACCUCCUGAAAAAGGUGUAUUCCCAUUGGAUCACUUACAUGAGUGCGACUUGGAGAAGAAAGACUAUCUUGCCUGCCUGAAAUCUACAGGGUUCCAAUCUGAAAAAUGUCGGCAGUUCUCAAAGAAGUAUCUGGAAUGUCGAAUGGAGAGAAACUUGAUGGCAAAGCAAGACAUGUCAGAGCUUGGGUUCAGAAAUGUGGACGAAGCGGAUACAUCUCCUGACAUGAACAGACAAUUGGAUAGCCCUCCUAGAGAUCUGUAUGAGAAUGAAUAA